GGGGGCGGAGACCGUCCCGAGGGCGGAGAUCGUCCCGAGGGCGGAGACCGUCCCGAGGGUGGAGAUCGUCCCGAGGCAGGAGACGAGCGCCCCGAGGGAGAAGACCGUCCCGAGGGUGAAGGCCGUCCCGAGGGUGAAGACCGUCCCGAGGGCGAGGACCAACCCGAGGGUGAAGACCAACCCGAGAGCGAAGAACGACCCGUGGGAGAGGACCGUCCCGAGGGAGAGGACCGUCCUGAUGGCGAAGACCAACCCGAGGGCGAAGAACGACCCGUGGGAGAGGACCGUCUCGAGGGAGAGGACCGUCCCGAGGGAGAAGACAUACCCGCCAACGAUCGUAAAUGAGCUGUCGUUAGCUACCGUCACAGUCCCUGUUAACGUUCGUAAAAUGAUAACCCUAGGCCUAUACCAUUACUGUAAAAGUAACAUUUCCAAUAGCAUUUCUUUAAGUUAUCUAGAGUUCACCGCAAUUCUAGAAAUGUAUCUAAAAGUGGAGUCAUGUUUAGA